CGAGGAGCAGCGGCGCAUGGGGACCCUCCGCAUCGCCCUGCAGGGCCCCGGGCCCUGGGGCUUCCGCCUCGUGGGCGGCCGCGACUUCGAGCAGCCCCUCACGAUCUCCCGGGURACUCCGGGCAGCAAAGCUGCAACAGCCAACUUGUGCAUCGGAGACCAGAUCAUAGCCAUCGAUGGCGUGAACACGGACAACAUGACGCACCUGGAGGCGCAGAACAAAAUCAAGGGCUGCACAGAGGAGCUGACUCUGACGGUCAGCAGGACGGAGUCAAAAGUCUGGUCACCACUUGUAACUGAGGAGGGGAAGACGCAUCCUUACAAGAUGAACCUGGCCUCUCAGCCCCAGGAAAUAAGGCACAUAGGAAGUGCACACAACCGGAGCGCGGUGCCCUUCACUGCUGCCACGGCUUCCAGCUCUGCCCCCAAAGUCAUCACUGCUCAGUACAACAACCCAGCAGGCCUCUACUCCUCAGAGAACAUCCAGACCUUCAACAAUGCUGUGGAGUCCAAGUCAUCAUCUGGGGCUCCGGAGCCUGCCAAGCCCCUGGAUCAGCACAUCCCGCCCGUGAGUGGUAUCGCCAUAGACAGAGAGUCUGAGGUUUACAAGAUGCUCCAGGAGAACCAAGAGUCAAACGAGCCACCGCGGCAAUCGGCCUCCUUCCUGGUGCUGCAGGAGAUUUUAGAGUCGGAAGAGAAAGGCGAUCCGACCAAACCGUCCGGCUUCAGGAGCGUCAAAGCGCCCACGACGAAGGUGGCGGCGUCCAUCGGGAACGCGCAGAAGCUGCCCAUGUGCGAGAAGUGCGGCUCGGGCAUCGUGGGCCCCUUCGUGAAGCUGCGCGACAAGCAGCGCCAUCCCGAGUGCUACGUGUGCAGCGACUGCGGCACCAGCCUCAAGCACAAAGGACACUUCUUCGUGGAAGACCAAAUCUACUGCGAGAAGCACGCGCGCGAGCGGGUCGUGCCGCCRGAGGGCUACGACGUGGUCACCGUCUUCCCCAAGUAGCGGCCGCCGMACGCCGCCUCUCCCACGGAAAGCGUCGUCCCUGCUCCCUUGCCAAACCCUGUUCACAGCGAGGAACGCUAGGCACGGCUUUGCCUUUCCUUGCCCAAUUAAUGCUCCGUCUCUUCACACGUGGUGUCACUAAUUCUACCAUGUUCUUUCAUCCGUUCACUUUUUUCUUUUUUUGAUACACAGAUUUUUUUUGUUUUCCU